AAGCUCUCGCGAAUGACAAAGCUGUUUGUUAUUCCGGCAACCGUUCUGUGUAAUUAGAAACUGCGAUUAGAAAUUGCAGUACUACUUAACUAUCACUAUGUUUCGGAACCAAUACGACAAUGAUGUUACUGUCUGGAGCCCGCAAGGCCGACUUCAUCAAGUCGAAUAUGCAAUGGAAGCCGUGAAACAAGGUUCGGCUACGGUUGGUUUAAAGAGCUCUGACUAUGCUGUUCUUGUGGCCUUAAAACGAGCUUCCUCCGAGCUGUCUGCUCAUCAGAAAAAAAUCAUCCCGAUCGACAAUCAUUGCGGCAUUGCCAUAGCCGGUUUAACAGCUGAUGCUAGGCUAUUAAGCAAGUACAUGCGCACCGAAUGUUUAACAAAUCGUUUUUCUCGUGAUUCGCCUUUGGCUAUCAACAGAUUAGUUUCUCGCCUUGGCAACAAGAUGCAAGUCUGCACUCAACGUUACGAUCGCCGUCCAUAUGGUGUGGGUCUGUUGGUUGCCGGUUACGAUGAUCUGGGGCCCCACAUCUACCAAACUUGCCCUUCCGCCAACUAUUUCGACUGCAAAGCCAUGGCCAUCGGAGCGAGGUCUCAGUCUGCGAGAACAUAUUUAGAGAAAUACCUCGACACUUUUAAAGACUGCGUUCUAGAAGAGCUGGUGAAGCAUGGCCUCAGGGCCCUACGAGAAUGCCUACCGAACGAAGUGGAGUUGAAUCCAAAGAACGCGUCAGUGGCGAUAGUCGGGAAGGACAUGGAUUUCACCGUCUUCGAAGAUGAGAGAGUGGCACCGUAUUUGGAUGCCAUUAGGGAUGAUGAACGCCCACGCCGUGGUGGAGCAUCUGGUGGCGAUGUGCCACCGCCCAGCGAUCGCCCAGAUGACAGCUCCAAGCAUCCCGAGCCAGAGGUUGCCGUGGAAACCAUGAGUGUAGAUUAAAGAGGAAUUGGAUAUCUUUUAUAUGUUGGUUCAUGUCACUACUUUAACGGAGAUGUCUAAGUAUGAUUCAUUAAAAAAUUGUUU